CCAAAAUCAAUCGGGUCCCACCCCUGAAACCCGAAUUAGAACCUAAAUAAACUUGGGGCGGAAAGGGCGCAAAGAGAAGUGGGGUGGGGGCUUCCGAAGACGGAGGAGAAAGCUGCCCUCCCGACGAUUUGUCACGGGAGGAAGAAGGGGGAAUCCGCUAGUCCAGGACGAAGCAUCAUUCAUCAAUCUCCUUCACCUCCCACUGCCCUGUCCUGCGGAAGUGCGUCUUCCGGCGACGAUCUGUUGGUAAUUAGCUGAUCUGAGGCGCACGCUGGGCGAUCUGGUGGUUGAUGGUGCGUCUGAGGGCGGAUGUUGGAUAGAUGCUCCUUUGCUGAUCCGUCUCUGCUUAUUUCGUUCACCUUCUCGCCCGCAUGGGGUAUAGGUUGUCUUGGAUGCUAUACCAAGCCUGCUCCAAUUAUUGCUGUGGAUGAGCCUUCAAAGGGUUUGAAAAUCCAAGGCCGAACAGUGAAAAAACCUAAUUUCUCUGAAGAAUUUUGGAGUACAAGCACAUAUGAGAUGGAAAAUAGUGGAGUUCAAUCACAAAAGAGCAUUUCUUCAAUUAGCACAUUGGUAAAUACCUUGGAUCACCAUGGUGGAAUAGGAAGCACAAGCAACCAUCCAGAAUUUGUGAACCAUGGUCUUCUUCUUUGGAAUCAAACCAGACAGAAAUGGGUUGGAAAUAAAAGGCCUGAGACCCAGUCACAGCAAGUUCGAGAACCAAGAUUGAGCUGCAAGAGUUUACCGGAUUACAAGAUCAUUUGGAUGGAAGCAAUCCAAUAUUGGAAUGACUUCUGACAGCUAGGAAGUAAGCUUGAAGUUGUGCGUCAUGCAACCGCAAGCACCACCAAUUUAUGGAGCCGCCCACUAAUACUCAUUAUGCGUCAAUGCUUCAUGAGCCUUCUCCCACGAGGACUAGUGUGAGGCGUCCACAGAGGCAGUCUUACCACCCCGCCCCCCGCCAUGAAUUUUCAAUUUGAGUUUCAAUUGAUUGCCACAUAAGAUUAAGAUGAAGAGUAUUAUAAGCCACAGCAGACGUUGGAUGUCACUAUUACAUGAAUUUUCAAUUUGAGUUGCGAUUGAUUGCCACAUAAGAUUAAGAUGAAGAGUAUUAUAAGCCACAGCAGACGUUGGAUGUCACUAUUACAUGAAUUUUCAAUUUGAGUUGCGAUUGAUUGCCACAUAAGAUUAAGAUGAAGAGUAUUAUAAGCCACAGCAGACGUUGGAUGUCACUAUUACAUGAAUUUUCAAUUUGAGUUGCGAUUGAUUGCCACAUAAGAUUAAGAUGAAGAGUAUUAUAAGCCACAGCAGACGUUGGAUGUCACUAUUACAUGAAUUUUCAAUUUGAGUUGCGAUUGAUUGCCACAUAAGAUUAAGAUGAAGAGUAUUAUAAGCCACAGCAGACGUUGGAUGUCACUAUUAUAUGCAGCAAUCUCAAGUAAUGGAGGAGCACAAGCGACAAUGACUCGAUAAUUAUCCGCAUCGUUCUCAUAUAGUGAAGAAGCGCAAGCGACAACAGUGGGUUGAUGAUUGACCUUCCGAAGGGGCAAAGGGCACAUCAAAUCAAUCAGCCAUCUCGCUCCAAAUGAAUAAGCCCCCACUUUGGCUAAAAAAUAUGAGAUUAGGUCAGUCAAAUUUCUUGGGCGAGCAAUCAUCUUCCACCAGUCCCAUGUACGAAUCGACGUCUUGCCCUGAAGAGGGUAUUUAUCAUCCCAAUGUACAUCUCUCAGUAACGCAUACAUACGCUGACCGAAUGGUUUUACUGCAGGCAGAAUUCUCUCGUUACGAUCCCAAUAUUACGACUAGGGAUCAUUCAUAUAUACUUUGACGUCUUCGCAGAUGAUUCGACGACACGGUGAUAUAUGUUCGGAUAAACCGAUUUCUUAUGCUCGGUGCAUGCGGGUGCCAUUACAGACAUAUCCAAUGGUUCCUACUUCCUCCUAUAGCCAAGCCAGCUUAGCAGCUCUGUUGAUCCCAAAAAUACUGUGCAGUACUUGCCAAGAACUUUUUUGUUUCUUAAGCCAACAUGCCAACGACUAGGCGAUUCUUUUUUUCCUAGAAAGAAAAUUAGCUAGCAAAAAACAUAAUCUGAAUCACCUGGCUGCAAGAGAAUUCUUCGCUACAUGAUCGAAGGUACUACACACGGAGAACCAAGUAGCAAGGUCAGGCAGUGAUUCCUAGUAUUCCAAAUCGUCAACAUGAAGACGAAACAAGGGGAGAUUUUUUCGGCGUGUAUAUAUAUAUAUAUAUAUAUAUAUAUAUAUACACACACACAGAGGAAG